AUGUCUUUGUCUGCCUUCAUCACCGACAAUCGCCUGGCAUCACCGCGUCAGGGCAUUUUGUCCUUGAAAGCUACCCGUCUACGCAGACAGGAGGACGCCGCUCUACGAGCGCGACAGAAGGAGUUCUUCUCCUGUGAUGCUAAUGAGGUGGCGUCCGGCAUCAUUGACGCCUUUGCCAGUGCAUACAAGUCGGUGGCUAAGGAGUUCUCGGCUGCUACCAAAAAUAUGCAACCUCAACCGAGCAAUACGACUCUGAACAAGCUGAAAUCAAGAACUGAGGAGUCCUCUAGUCUACUAGCAGAUGUCGUGGUGAAUGCAUUGAUGUACGUGGGGGAAGAUAGUAUCAUCAACCAAGUUGAGGCUGAUCCUGCUAGAGAGUUGGAGGAGUUGAAGGCGUUGGAGGAGCGCUAUGGACAGAUGCUCGAGGAAACAGCUAAGGCCGAGCUGAAUUGCCGUAAGAAGAAAGAACGGGCGGAGAAAUUACGGAAGUGCAUCGAGAUGGAGCGCAUCGUGGUUGAGAAGCUUGAGCAAAUUGAAGAGAGGAUGGACUCAUUGCAACAGCACCAGCAAGAGACCAAUUAA